CCAUUCUUUACUUCUAUUGUACAAGUCUCGCCUCCCCCUUUCGCGUCUUGUCAAUUGUUAAAAAGCGGUCGAGCAGCACCGCAUAAAAGUUUCCUUCCCCCCCUCCAACUUCCCCCCUCUCAUCCCCCGCACAACCCAAAAUGGCUCCCUCCGCCUCGAAGCAGAAGCGUCUCGCAGAGAAGGCCGCCAAGGCCAGCAAGAACGGUUCGGUCAAGUCGACCCCCGCCGCCUCGACUGCUGGCGACACCCCCGCCAUCAGCGCCAACGGCUCGUUUGCCGACCUUAACGACGCCCAGGCGCAGAUGAAGAAGCUCACCCUCGCCACUGACCGUAGCGCUUCCGGUGUCCUUGUCUCGGACCCCAAGUCGCGCGACAUCAAGAUCGACCAGUACACGCUCUCGUUCCACGGUCGUCUCCUCGUCGAGGGUGCCGAGAUUGCCCUCAACUACGGCCAGCGCUACGGUCUCCUUGGUGAGAACGGUUCGGGCAAGUCGACCUUCUUCCAGUCGCUUGCGGACCGCGACGUCGAGAUCCCCGAGCACAUUGACAUCUACCUCGUCUCGGGUGCCGCCGAGCCUUCGGAAGUCAACGCCGUCGACUACAUUGUCAACUCGGCCAAGGAGAAGGUCGCCCGUCUCGAGCAGCUCGCCGAGGACCUCGCUACUGCUGACGAGGUCGACGAGCUCCAGCUCGAGAUGAUCUACGAGGAGCUUGAGGAGAUGGACCCCUCGACCUUCGAGGCCAAGGCCGGUGCCAUUCUCUCGGGUCUCGGUUUCGGCCCCAAGAUGCUCGCCAAGCCCACGAAGGACAUGUCUGGUGGUUGGCGUAUGCGUGUCGCCCUCGCCCGUGCUCUGUUCAUCAAGCCCCACCUCCUCAUCCUUGACGAGCCCACUUCGCACUUGGACCUUGGCGCCGUCGUGUGGCUCGAGGCUUACCUCGCCACCUACAACCACAUUCUUGUCCUCACUUCGCACUCGGCCGACUUCAUGGACACUGUGUGCACCAACAUGAUCGACCUCACCCCCAAGAAGACCCUCACCUACUACGGUGGUAACUACACCACCUACGUCCGCACCAAGGCGGAGAACGAGGUCAACCAGAUGAAGGCCUACACCAAACAGCAGGAAGAGAUUGCGCACAUCAAGAAGUUCAUUGCUUCGGCCGGUACCUACGCCAACUUGGUCAAGCAGGCCAAGUCGAAGCAGAAGAUUAUCGACAAGAUGGAGGCCGCUGGUCUGAUUGAGAAGAUUGAGCAGCCCAAGCUCCUCCGCUUCAACUUCGAGGACAUUAAGAAGCUCCCUCCUCCUAUCAUUGCCUUCAACGACGUUGCCUUCUCGUACUCGGGUGAGAAGGCCGACUUCCUCUACAAGGGCCUCAACUUUGGUAUCGACAUGGACUCGCGUAUCGCCAUUGUCGGUGACAACGGUACCGGCAAGUCGACCCUCCUCAACCUUAUCACUGGAGACCUUAACCCCGUCGAGGGUGAGAUCAAGCGCCACUCGGCUCUCAAGCUCGCCAAGUACUCGCAGCACUCGGCCGACCAGCUUCCUUACGACAAGUCGCCCGUCGAGUUCCUCCAGAGCAUGUACCGCGAGAAGUUCCCCGACAAGGACAUCCAGUACUGGCGUCAGCAGGUCGGCCGCUUCGGUAUCACCGGUGCGCACCAGACCAACCCCAUCAACCAGCUCUCGGACGGUCUCCGCAACCGUGUCUGUUUCGCCCAGCUCGCCAUGGAGCACCCCCACGUUCUCCUUCUCGACGAGCCUACCAACCACCUCGACAUGGCCUCGAUCGACUCGCUUGCCCGGGCAAUCAACGAGUUUGAGGGUGGUGUCGUUAUCGUCUCGCACGACUUCCGUCUUAUUUCGCAGGUUGCCCAGGACCUGUGGGAGGUCAAGGACCGCCAGGUCGUCAACCUUACCAAGGACGACGUUACCAUUGUCGACUACAAGCGCUCGCUUGCCAAGCGCUCGCAGGCGCAGAUUGAGAAGGCCCAGCUCCUCUCCAAGACGGCUACCAAGGGUAUUGCCUAAGCGGGAGAGUGUUGUGGGUGGCCGUGUGUCGUCGCUGCGCGGCGCGUGGGUGGGCGCCGGCGCCGUGGCACCCCGCCUCGCCGUCUGGAUGGGGCGGGUACAACCAGUGUUGUCGAGAGCAUAGACUGCAUCAAUUACAAUUUCGCGCCUUCUUUUCCAUCCCCCCAAUAGUGUCUUGCCCGAGUGGGCGGGCGUGUAGAAUUGAGAUGCACUGUUACGGAGA